AUGCUUUCAGAUUACGAAUUGCAACAACAGGCUCUCAAAUAAAAAUUAGCCAAGCAACAGGCCUAAGAAUAAAUCAACUCUUUGGAAGCCAAACUCCAAUGUAAUGUAUUACCAUAUUCUAGAAAUCAUUCAAAUUUAAAAAGAAAUAGAAGAACAGGAUUGUAUUACUUUAUCUAUCAUUUAGUCUAAUACUAAAUUAAGUGCGACGACUUAUAGAAGAAACGAGAACAGCAAAUGAAAGAAAUUCAGAAUUUAAGAGCAUCCUAAGAGGCUGAUUUAUAAAGAACAAGGAAUAUGUAUAAUGAAAUGUGGAAAAUGGCAGAGCAAUUCCAAAAGAAACAAUAAAUAUUUAUUUAUCAAUAGAAGUUAGACAAAGAUUAAUUGAAAUCCUUUUAAGUUACCUAAACCUCCAAGCAGUCUCAUUACGAGAUGAAUAAGGAAUUAGUUGUCCCUCACAAUCCCUUUGUCUUAUUAUCCUAAGCACAGGGCUUUUUGGAUUCCCAAUACGAUGCGUAUUACGAAGUUAAUAGUCCAAAACUAUAAGAAAUUGUAGAAAAAGAAAGCUUGUACCCCAAAAGUCAGAUCUAGAUUACUUUUGUGAGUUUCAAACCAGACAUGCCUACUUUGGAACAAUUCGAAAAAAGAAGAUUCGAAGGAACUGUAAAUCAAAUACCAUUAUCGAUGCAAUUGCUAAUUGACUUUUAUGACUUUCCUACUUUUAAAUCAAGUACUCUUAUUUAUGAAGAUUGUCCUACCAUCGAAUAAAUUAGAAGACAAGUCGGCUAUGAUUAGGAACUGAAAUUGGCAUACGAGGAUUAUUUCACCAACAAAACCUUUGGUAAAAAGGCUUGUUUUGUAUUUGAAGUAGAAAAUGACUUGAAAUUUGUUUAUUAUCUUCUGUUUAAGAAUGCAUACAUCAGAGUGUUAGAUGCAAUAACAGGUGAAAAUUACGGGUAUUGCCAAAUACCUUUGAACUCAUUAAUAAGAGAAGACAAAAGUGAUAUAUUCUCAAUCUAAGAGGUCUAAGUAUUGAGUUAUGACUGGACAAUUACAUAUGGAAUCUUCACAAUUACCAUCUAAAACAUUGGAAUCAGUUAAGAAUCCAAUGUUGCAACACUUACGAACUUUGAUCAAAAUGCAUUCAGUUAAACGUUGAACAUCCAAUCAUUGUUAUCAGUCACAUAGAAUGUCUACUUUAAUUAGGUUAUGGACAACAAAUCGAAAAUUUAAACAUAAUAUGUGAAUUUUUCAAAGGUGACCUCAGAUUCAGCUGUCAGAUCAGAAGACAGGAUGAAAAUUAGAAUUUCUCAACUUAAACCCCAAUCAUAAAUUUCACAAGCACGUAAGAAAAUAACUUCGGACAAACCCAAAGACCUUACUGAAUAUGGACAUUCAGCAAUUGUAAAUGUGAAAUUAAAUGAUGUGGAUGAACGAAUACGAGUGAAUGAAAGAAUUAAGUCGAAAAGAUCGGAUAUACUUACUUAUUUGAGUACUAAGGAUGACUUUCUAAAAUUAUAAGCUGUAGAAUUGAGUAGGAAAUGGGAUCGCUAUUAAUUUCUAAGUUCAGUUUUGCCAUCUCAUAUGAUUCCAAACACUUUACAUCUGCCGGUAGGGGAGAAAUGUAUUUAAUUUAUUGAGUACUUAAAUGACACUGAUGAGGAUAAAAUUGUCACUGUAGAGAUAUCGCCACCCAUUAUUACAUACUUAGUAGGUGGAGAAGAACUUGAAUCUAUUUAUGAAACAAAAGGGAUUGCAUUUCAUUCCAGAGUUGAAGUUGAACAGGAUUCAUUCAAAUGUCAUGCCUAAUAGAAAUGCAUAAUUGCCAUCAUAUUCUACACCUUAAUUGAAUUUACAACUGAAAUAGAGAUAGCUGUCUAUUUGAAAUUGAAGCAAUAACCAAUUUGUGGUUCAUUGUAUAAAGUAUUGCCCAAAGCUCAAGUAAUUGAUAUGAAUUUUGAUUUCUAUCGUCAACCUAAUUCAUAGAUCGAAUUAUUUUUGCCUUAGGUUUUCUGCUUUUGUGAAAUUAAAUAUAGGAAAACACCUAUUAUCAUUUGCAAUCGAGAGGAAGUCACCUUUGGAAUAAAUCCUGAUGAUAUGAGAAUUAAAUUAGAGUUAAAAACUGCUGACAUCGGUAAAUAAAUUAUACUAUUGUUAUUCUUCUACCGAGAUAAACAUUGCCAUUAUUUGUUAUUAUCAAUAAGUGUCAAAAUCACGAGUUUAAAUCUUAUCAAACUAUCAACUGUGAUUGGUUAAGCCACUUCAUGUUCAACUGAAUUUCAAUCUGACAAAAAAAGACAAAUCUACUUUCACAGUUUGAAUCAAGACAAGAUUUGGUUCGAGUCUCCAUUUGAUAAACCAGUUUGGGUUGAAAAGAAUCAAAUCACAGUCAUACCUUUCAAGGUAUUCUAAAUGACUUCGAACUCUCACAAUGUCAAAGUGAAUGCUGUUGAUUCUACAACCAACGAGAUGGUUUACUCUUGGCUCUUCCAAAUCAGUUCCAACAUGCCUCAAAUUAAAAGAGUGUUCACAUUCGAUUGUUAUUUUAGACAAGCUCACCCCUUCAAGAUCUCCUAUGCCAAUUCUAUUGGUAAGGUACUGAGUUUAAAUAUCGUCUCUUCUUCUUAUUUGUUAAAGGUGUUCCAAUCUCAAAUCAAAGUUCCGAUUGCUGGCAAAGCAGAAAUCGAGCUUGCCUUUAUGAAGGCCGAGGAAUAUCCAAGUUAGGAUUUUAAUGUUGUGGAAAAGCAAAGGGAAAUCCAAUUAUUCAUUUACGAAAUUAGGAAUAACAUUUUUGAAUGCUACUUAUUUUAAUUCAAUUUAUAUGACAAGGAAAAUGAGAGCAUUCCCUUUGAAACUAUCGAAGAGUUUCGUAAACGACCUUUUUCAAUAUAAUCUAAAAAGUGA